GCACGCACUCAACAUGAGAAAAAUAUAUACAAAACACAGCUGGAAUCUAUCUGUCUUCACAAGAAGGCACAAACCAGAGGGUUUUUUUUCUACUGCUGUAUCAUGGCGUUGAUGUGUGAAUCCGUCUCAACUGCCGGACCCGUUACAAAAGAUAUAGCUGCUGGCUGUCGCCGCCCGAAGCCCCGCAAGUUAUGAGGAAGAGUGUGAUGAUAAAAAUAAUGAGGAUACGGCGAAGGAUGGCAAAAUGGACAAGCUGUCAGCCCGCAUCUCCGAGCUCGCCUGGAGCUCUGUGACUUUACCACUGGAUCUGAUCGUUGGGAAAUUCCGCCUCCCUACUCUUCUGCGUCUCAGUCAAGGGGAGUAUGUUGAAGGUGUGUCAGAGCAGGAUGUUAUCCUGAUUCACUCCUGCAGACAGUGGACAACGGUGACUGCACACAGCCUGGAAGAAGGUCAUUAUGUCAUUGGGCCCAAAAUUGACAUUCCACUCCAGUACCCAGGGAAGUUUAAACUGUUAGAUCAAGAUCGUGAUGUCCGUGAGCCAGUUCAGUACUUCAACAGUGUCGAGGAGGUAGCCAGUGUGUUUCCAGAUCGCAUUUUCGUUAUGGAAGCCAUAACAUUCAGUGUAAAGGUGGUUUCAGGUGAAUUCAGUGAAGACAGUGAGGUCUACAAUUUCACACUCCAUGCUGGAGAUGAGCUGACACUGAUGGGCCAAGCAGAGAUCCUCUGUGCUAAAACUGUGAAAGAAAAGUCCCGUUUCAACAGUAUCUUGAGGAAGUUUGGUAAGACAGGUACCCUGAGCAAGCAGGUCAGAGGUAAGAUGCCAUGCCUGAUUUGCAUGAACCAUAGGACUAAUGAGAGCCUUAGCUUGCCAUUCCAGUGCAAGGGAAAGUUCAGCACCCGCAGCCCGCUAGAGAUACAGAUGCAGGAAGGGGAACACACCAUUCGCAGUAUAAUCGAGAAAGUUCGUUUGCCUGUAAAUGUAACAGUGCCAAGCCGCCCACUCAGAAAUCCCUAUGACCAGCAUAUCAUCAGAGAGGGACAUCGGUACAAGCUUGUCAGUAUCAUAUCAAAGACUGUUGUUUUAUGUUGUAUCCUUCGCAAAGAGGAAGUGAUCCCCUUCCACUUUCUACUGCUAACAGAUAUGCCUCGCUUUGCACUGACUGAAGGGCUACUUUGUGGUGAUCCCCACUUUGAAAAACUGGUUCAAGAAUGUGCCAUGUUCUGCCAGGAACGCUUCAACCCUGAUGAAUAUUCAAAGGCUGUGCGAGAAGUCAAGACUGACUUCAGUGAAGAGUGUGCCAGUCCCCGAAAAAUUAAAGUGUGCUUACAAGGCUUUACCUCAAAUUCAUUGAACUAUGCCCGCGAGGAGCUGACACAGUCCUUCCAGCGCCUGUCUCUUUGUGUUUACAGUGGUGCUGCACAGACAAAUGAGGAACUUAACAUCCAGAAUUGUCGAGACUCUGCUGGAGAUCAACAAAUCAUGCCUCAUGAGCUCCUAACUCCACCAGAAACUGCAGACACAGACAGGGAAUAUAUGACACCUGACUGGACAGAGAGUGAAUUUAGAACUCAUGACCAACUGGAGAUCCCUUAUGAGGAGUUGUGGACCAAUCAAAAUCCUGGGAAUUAUUCUGAGCCUAGCAGCAAUCUACCAGGCUUGGAAUGUGGAAAUAAAGCACAAGAUUUAAUAACUUUUGUUUCUUCUCCCUCCAUGAAAGUUCCCUCUGGUUCGUCCCAUGUGCCUGUGAUCCAGAUGGAGGGACCCCAAGUGCCACCCCCACCCCCUGUACCUCCAAAAUCAGAAGCUGUAAGUAAAAUAUCUACUUGGAGUUCAGUGAAGGAAGAAUGUCGUUUAUUGAAUGCACCUCCUGUUCCUCCUAGAGGUAGUCGGCCAGUUCCUACCCCAAGCCCACCAGUCCCCCCACGAUUUUCUAAGACCCAGCUACAGCAAGCACAUUCCCCAAGUCCCAGUCUGUCUUAUUAUUCAUCAGGCCUUCAUGAGGUUUCAGGAACACGAAGUGGAAGCUGUUCCCCUUCACCAGACUCUUACUCUCUUUAUUGUUAUCCAUGCACAUGGGGUGACUGCAAAGCAGCAGAAUCUUCCAACCGACAGCUUUCAGGUAAUGUGCCUCCUACGAUGCAGUCUGCACAGACGUCUUGGUCUGACCCAUGGACCUAUCCUGAAAAUGCCCCAAGUGUUGCCAGUGGACGAUCCACCCCCCUACUCAGUGGAGAAACAACAGUCAAAAGCUACUACAGCUGUCCACGACUGAAACCUCCUCCAUCACAAAAACGCUUUGCUCCUUUUGGAGCCCUUAAUCCUUUUGCCAAUGCAGGUUAUUCUUCCAGCCCUUCCUCUUCCACAAGUGAGUGGCCAGAAGCUUCAGACCAUCAGAAGUCACCAUCUGUAUUGUCAGAGCCCUUUGACUCCUUUGAUGUGGCUAUCAGCCGAAGUACUUCUCCAGAAGUGAACUCAGUAGGUGCAGCAGAUCAGCGACAUAAUCGGGAGUUUACUGGUGACAUUCAAGAUUCUGCAUUCAAAUCACCUGAGAAUGUGACCUGUCCAGCUCCUCCUCCUCGACCUCCAAAAACUUUUGAAACCGAGAACAUUAUUAUCAGAAGUACUGCUCCUAUUUCACCUACCAUUGUUAGGGGCGCUGAAGGUGGAAUCACAAGGGUUUACCUCACUCAAGGAGUUAUUGAAGUGCCCCCUAUAUCUUCAAGAAGCAACCCAGAGACCCCUGUGUCCCUCCCUUCCCCUUCAACCCUAGGAAUGCCCAGACUGAAUGGUGAUGGUUCACCAUGGCAUCCUCCUGCUGACCUUUCAACUCUCUCAGUUGAAGAGGUCUCCAAGUGCCUGAGGUUCAUUGGCCUGUCUGAAGAUGUGGUGACAUUCUUUGUACGUGAACGCAUUGAUGGCAGUAUCUUUGUGCAGCUGUCAGAGGAGAUCCUGUCAGAAGACUUCAGACUGACAAAACUACAAGUCAAGAAAAUUAGGCAAUUUAUACAAGGCUGGAGACCUAAAAUAUGAUGUGAUUUGCUCACUGUCUAAGAUCUAAUUCAGUUUUAAAAUCUGAAGGCUGGACAUCUGAUGCCCCCAAACACUGUAUGCAGACUUGCAUUAAUAGCUAAUGAGUAUAAUUUAAAUAAAUAUAAAGUGCAAAAAUGCAGUUUGGUUGAAAACAAGAUUUUAUAUGAAAGUAAAUGCAACACUUUGAUUCAAUAUGCAUUUUCUGAGCACAUGUAGUGUUUGGUGUGCCUCUAUGUAAACCAGGUAGCAUUUUGAGCUCCUAGAAUUGGAAUUGUACCACUUCCUUUGUCACCCCUUGACUACCUAUAGGAAAUAAUGGGAAUUUAGGGUGUAUGUGACUUUCCUAACAGGUGUCUUGCCUAAAUGUGGGAUGGUGUUUGUUCGUUCAGACUGAGAGCAUGAGGUACAGAGUACGAUAUCAUUUAUGAUGUUCGUAAUGCUUUCCAAAUUGCUCCACUAGCAGCUCAAAAUAUUAUGCACAUUACUGUCUUAACAAAAAGGUACAUUUAUUAGAAACUACUGUAAAAAUAACCUUUAGCUCAGGGUUUGGGAUGCUACUUACCCAGCUUUCUCCGUGUUGGGUCUUCCCAUAUUACAUUCUUUCACAUAACUUUGUUGUGGCAAAACAUACAUCAAAAUAAAAAGGAAGGAGGAGAGGUGGAGAAGAUUACAUAAAAGCUUUUUACAGUAAAUAAUGCAAUUUAUUGUAUGGGUUAUGAACGUAUGAAUCCCCUUUUCCAGUGACUUCCUCAAAAUACUAAAAAAAAAGAUAAGUGAGCUUAAUAGUUCUGUCUUCUUGUCAUGUGUUUUCAAAACACAAGUGACUGCACUGUUUAAUUGUCCAUGAAAAGAGUAUCUUGACAAAGUAUGAAGAUUAAGUAUAUUUAAAAAAGUAUGUUUAACGUAAAAUAACUUUGUAAAAAAUACAGAAAAUUUUCAAAAUUACUUAGGCUAUCAAGUAUUCAAGUAUGCAGACUUGAGUGUCAUCCCUUUGGUAUUCUGCAACAUGGGUAGGGACCUAAAUGUAUACAUUUAAUACUUUAUUGUCUAACAAUGUGCAUGCUACAUCCCAACACCUGCAAUGAUAUUUACAUGCUUGCAGUGUUCAGGUACAGCUUUGCGACACACAAAUUUUGAAGUUUCAUGACAGUUUCUACAUCCUUCUCAUAUAUAUGGCCCUUCAGUGAUUCAAAUUAGAAGCCACAUAUGUAGACCUCAUUAUUUAUUAACUUAUUUGACCUAAGCCUACAGAUCCCCAGAGUUUCAGGAGAGUUGUUGGGCCAUGGUUCUUCUUUUGAAUGGAAGAAUGAUAUUGGGUAACAUUUUGAAAUGUUGUAACCCACUAGAGCAAGUCCAAAAUCAAGGAGAAAAAAAUGGGCCUUGCAUAUAAUAAGUCUGAGAUGGCCACUUCUUGUAAUAUUCCCUUUUCUCCAUGGUAUGUAAAUCUCGAAGUUAGUAUAUAUAAUUUGGGGGGGCUUUCCCCACCGCAAAAAAAAAAAAAGUUUAAAGGAGAAGAGCAAUGUUUGAGAUUAGCUCUCCUGAAUUUUUAAUCUUUUUUUUCCUGCAUGUCGACAUUUUGCAUUUUGAGUGCCAACAUUUAUAUGGGGGGCUAUGAUAGUAAGAUGAAUUUUUUAAAACACUAAAUCUUUUCCCAGGGUAAUGGUAUAAUGCAAUACUCCUAAUGACAGCAAGGUACUUGGUUAAAAAAAAUCCAGCAUAAAAGUAAAUAGUAGCAUUCAGUUCUGGAGAGAAAAAUGGAUAUCUUCAUUCCUCUCAACUAUUCUUAAUUUUGCCUCUUAGUUUGGACUUAUCUGUUUAAAAGUCUUGACUUUCUGGUAAAUUACUGAGGAUUAGUCACUAAUGACAGACAUUACAGUUUCAUUUUUUAUUUAUUUUACAUUUGUU